AUGAUCCAAUCACCCGCCAUCGUUCUCAUGUCUGCUCUCCACGCUGGAUUGUCAGUCGCCCAGCAAUAUCCGUUACCUGUAACCUAUGAUACCGUCAUCAAAUCGCCCGUCGACCCUAGCAUCACCAUAUCCUAUAAAACGCCCGACGCCCAUUCGUGUGCAACGGCUUUCGAGGCGCAGAAGCAGUAUACUGGAUAUGUCAAUCUUCCUCCGUUUACGCUUGAGCCGUUCCAGCAGGAUUACUCAAUCAAUACCUUCUUCUGGUUCUUCGAGGCACGUGAGAACCCCGAAACUGCACCAUUGACGAUCUGGUUGAAUGGAGGACCUGGCGGUUCAAGCAUGUUCGGGCUUUUCGGAGAGAUGGGACCUUGUGAGAUUGUAGAAGGUCCAGACGGCAGCUACACCACGCAGACCAGGGUUUGGGGAUGGGAUCGCAGUUCCAACGUAAUCUUCAUCGACCAACCUACCCAAGUCGGCUUCUCAUACGAUGAGCUCCGCAACGCUUCGGUGGACUUUAGUAUACCUGAUUAUACCGGUCGGGACGAGCUCAUGGAACCUUCCCCACUUCCUGCUGACGUUCCCGAAUGGCGCUUUAAGAACGGCACUUUCCCUUCUGCUAUUCGAGCCAAUACAGAAAACCUGACUACUGUUGCCGCACAAGCAUCGUGGCACUUCCUCCAAGGGUUCCUAUCGGCGUUCCCUCAGUACAACCCUGGCGCUCGACCCCACAGCGAUACUAUCGAGCCUUGUCAUGUCAACCUGUUCAGCGAGAGCUACGGUGGUACUUACGGUCCACUUUUCGCCGACUAUUACGAGAGCCAGAAUGAUCGUCGGGAAAAGGGUGAGAUUUCAUCCGAAGCGCUCGACAUUCGGCUUGGGUCACUCGGCAUCGUCAACGGCGCAAUGGAUGUUUACGGGUCGGCACUUUUUGGCCUGGAGUUCAUGUACAACAACACCUAUGGCAUCGAAGGCAUUGACCUCACUACCUAUCAAAACUUGGUGUCGGAACUCCACGUAGACAUGGGCUGCCAAGAUCUGGUGACACAGUGCGGCGCGUUAGCAGCCCUCAACGACCCCGAAGGUCUUAGUACCGACCAAGACGUUAACGAUCUAUGCUACAGUGCCAUCUAUAACUGCACAGCGGUUUCUAGUGUUGCCUACACCACUGGUAGGAGUAUCUACGACUUCCGAGCUGGUCCAACGGUCGGGCCUGCUGUUCCACUCGCAGAGUAUUUGAACGAAGAGGGUUUCCUACAAUCCAUUGGCGCACCGGUCAACUUCACCUCCACUAGCUAUACCGUUGCGAAUGUUUUCCAAUACAAUGGAGAUGCAGCCCGCGGAGGGCAAAUCGCCGCUUUAGCGGAUCUGCUUGCUCGUGGUAUCAAAGUCGCUCUCAUCUACGGUGACGCUGAUGUCAUAUGCAAUUGGUAUGGAGGACAAAACUACUCUCUUGAGAUUGCUGGUCUCGUUCCAGAAUACAAGACGGCUUUCCCGGAGGCUGGGUAUGCGGACAUUGUUGUGAACGAUUCCUACAUUGGCGGAGCAGUCCGUCAAUAUGGCAACCUCUCGUUCUCUCGGAUUUAUGAUGCCGGCCACCAAGUACCGUAUUACCAGCCAGAGACCGCCUUCACUGUCUUCACUCGCGUCAUUCAAGGCGAUGACAUCAGUAUGGGUCGCAAUGUCGAUCUGUCCAGCUUUGGUACCGAAGGCCCUAGCACUUCUGAUCACAAAAACGACGCGGGAACCUCUCCCGCACCGAUUUGUUGGAUUCGGGAGGCAUAUCUCAGCUGCACUGAGGAGGAAAAUGCUGGUAUUACUACAGGAAAUGGCACAGUGAAGGCCGGAAUAUGGUAUCCAUCGGAGGAAGACAUACCAACUAGCGCGUCGCAGGGUGUACCCAAGUCGCGGCCCACUUCGACAACCUCUGUGGCUCUGACAGGUGUGUAUAGUGCUACCAGCACCCCGACGGUCAAGCAGACCUCCGGAGCAUCGUCGCUUAGGCUGAACCUUCCAUUUCGCCUUUCGCGCCGCGACAUCCAUGCGGACCUGUUGUUGGCGGAAGAUGAAGCUUACAGCCGUGGACGCAACGUAAGGAAUGGUCUCAUUGGAGGUCUUGCUGCGGCUAUCGCUCUGCUGUUGUGA